AGUCACUUGGAUGUUUGCGCAGCUGAAAGAAAGUUCCAUUUUCUAUGGGAAAGCUGAGAUGCAAACAGUUUUCACAGACAGCAUGGCGCUUGUGUGUUCUUCACCUUAAAGCACAUCGGAUUCUUAAUCAGGUAGAUUCUUUUUCUUAAUAAAAGUUGCACAACUGCGGUCAGGAAUUUAAGAAUUGUUUGCCUGUUAAAUCAGAUGGAUGGAGAAGGAUUGAACAUCUGAUAAACAAGUCAAUUUUUAUACUGAUAAACAUUUGAUUUUUUUUUACCAUCAAUUUUUUUUUAAAUGUGUUUUUCUGGGAAUGCGCCGUAAGUGUCAAGUUUCUAACAAAUGGCUUUCAAGUGGUAUUUAGAAUUAAUCAAUGUCGAGACGAUACUCAGAGAAAUUGAUUAUAAUGUCUUCAAAUCAAAAUACUUCCCCGUCUACGAGUACAAUGAGAAAGCAUUACGGAACGGACUCCACCAAAGAAUGUAAUUUAUCUUCUAACUUUUACAAGAAUCUUAGCAGCGACACCAUAGUGAACAAUAUGACCAUCCACAAAGUUUAUCCCGAUCACAGUGAAAAGACAGCUCUUUAUCCUGAUAAACAAUUCGAGAAAUCAGCAGGUUUUGCAUCCAUUAAACUUUACAAGCGGAGAUUUCUCAUGCUGUUUGUGUUCAUGUUGUGUUCAAUGAUGAACGGUGUACCACAAUACCAGUACACAGUUGUAGCUGAUAUCAUAUCUUGCUACUAUGGUGUAUCUUUAAAUGAUGUGAACUGGGCUUCAGUUGUAUAUAUGGUAGCGUUUUUGCCGCUGGUCUUUCCUGUAAUGUAUCUGAUGGACACAAAAGGGUUACGGAUAACUCUCGUACUUGGAGGAGUAUUAAAUUUUUUAGGUUCAGUAGUGCAAUGCUAUACUCUCUCACCUGAUCGCUAUGUUUAUGUUAUGGUUUGCCAAACAAUAUAUGCCAUGGGGCAAGUAUUUGUUUUGAGUUUACCUCCCUUCAUAGCAGGUGUCUGGUUUGGAGCAAAUGAAGUAGGAUUAGCAUGUGCUAUGGGUGUCUUUGGAAAUCAGCUAGGUAUUGCCAUCGGUUUUAUCUUCACUCCUUUAGCUUUAACAAACGAUUGCAACAAUACAUCAAGCAUAACUGAAGGUUUGGGUUGCAUGGCCUAUCCUCAAGUCAUAGUCAACAUCAUCAUUUUAUUCAUAAUUGUUUUUGUGUUCGAAGAGAAACCUAAAUUAUAUCCGAGUAUAGCACAGGCAACUAAACACAGAGAAGGACCUGAAUAUGGAGCUUCUUUAAAACGUCUAUUCAGAAAUGGUCCUUUUGUCUUACUACUCAUUGCUUAUGGGCUUAUUACAGGAGCUUAUUUUGCAAUGUCAACUAUUCUCAAUGAGAUGGUCCUGAUUCAUUUCCCGGGUGAUGAAGUGGACGCUGGGCGGAUGGGUGCAAUUAUGGUUUUUGCGGGAAUGAUAGGAUCAGUGCUUCUAGGGAUAUUUCUUGACAGAACCCACAAAUACAAAGAAAUUUCUGUGUUGGUAUUUACCGUAAGCUUCCUUCUCAUGCUGGGUUACACUUUCUUAAUUAAACUUGAACAUAUUUGGAUACAAUAUGUAUUCCUAUCAUUUCUCGGUUUGUUCAUGACUGGGUAUUUGCCAGCGGGAUUUGAUUUUGGAGCUGAAAUUACCUAUCCAGAGCCUGAAGCCAUGUCAGGAAGCUUGCUCAAUGCAUCAACACAGAUUUUCAGCAUACUUUUCACUCACGCUGCCUCUUCGUUGCUACAGAAUUAUAAUGACUUCUAUUCGAAUAUUUUAUUCUCUAGUAGCUUACUUUUAGGAUUAAUUAUAAUAGUUUGUAUGAAAUGCAACUUACGAAGAACAAAUGCAGCGUUUGAUGAAUUGAAGCCUCGGUCAAAAAGUUUAGAAUGAAAUUAUGGAUAAAUAACAUAUCAUUUCACAUUUUAUUAGUUUUUCAUUUUUCAUGACUGAGAAUUUCCUAGUUACAUGCAUUAAUUAUGAUGCAUAUGUGAUAGCAUUUUUCAAUGUGUUUAUACGAAAUUUAAUGUUUUAAAAUCGCUAUUUUUGAAUUGAAGAGUUUUAGAUGUGAGUUAAUUGUUCAUGUCAAUUUCUGUACGACUUUUUAAAUUUUUUUUAGAUGUUUCAAAAACUAACAUUUUUUUAACAACAAAAAACUAUUCAUGCAGCUUUACUUUAUCCAUAUUAUUUAUCAGAUUUGUACAUUUAUAUUGUCAUUAACUAGUCAUGUAUAGAACUGUGUGCCAUAUAAAAAAUACAUGUAAAAGACAUGAAAAUAUGUUUAAUUUAGUUGAAUAUUUAAUAAUUUUGUAAAAUAAUUCUUAUAUUGUUAUAGUUGUUGUUCUGCAUUGUUAAUUAAGAGUGAAAAAAAAGUGUGAUUCUUGAAAAUUUGGUUUUAAAUCUCUUACUUUGGUUUUAAAUAUUUUUAGAAUGUAACAUGCAUUAAAAUAUUAGUUCAUUUUGACAAAAAUCUUUGAAAUUUUGGAAUUACCACGAUUUAUCUAUAAGAGUUUUGGAAUUACCAUUAUUUAUAAGAGUUUUAUUUCAAAGUGUUUUUCAAUUAACUAACUUUUAUCAAUUUACAUGCAUAAAGUACAUAUUACAUUGUAAGUAAUAUUUAAUUUCAAAGAGUUAGAAGAAAUUUAAUGUAUUUGUAUUUUAUUUUUGAAACAUAGAGUACAAGUAAAAAUUUUCUGCUAUAUUUAAAUCAACCUGUUUAAGAUACUGUAAUGUGUAAAAGGUUUUUAAAAUGAUUUAUUGAUUCUUAUAAUAUUUGAAAGACAGACCUCAACCAUCUUUGUUUAAUUAGAAGUUUACAAAAUUUUAUGAAUGUAACCUUCCAAAAUUGUAUUGUUCAUCUAAAGUUUAUUAAAGUUUAUAGAGCUUUUAUUUAUUUAAAAGUUUACU